CCCGGCACUAGUACAAACCUUUUGGAAAUCUCUGCUUAAAUGAUAAUAGUAUUAUACAUUUAUACGUUGAUCGAUCUCUCAACCCGGCACUAGGACAUCAUUUGACCAACUCGAAUUGAUACCGACCGACAGUAGAGUUAAAAAGCAAUAAGUAAAUAGGAUUGGUCUAAAUUAAUCAAGUUCUCUGCCCUGACCAACCUGAGCUAGUCGAUCAUGUAUUUGUGAAAGCAAAGAUCAAGGGCCACAGCUGUACUUGAUUUAAUUAUUGGUUAUGAUUGUGUGAGGGUUGGUGAAAUAAAGUAAGAUUGGGAUUGGAUUGCGAGCGCAGCUAGCUAGGCAUGAAGUUGGUGUUUUGGGCAGUAGUGAUGAUGAUGUAUUACAGCAGCGGGUGUUGUAGUUGGGAAGUGGUGAAUGUUGGGUGUAUGCUCAUUCUGGAUUCCCCAGUUGGGAAAGUUACCAAAUUGGCUGUGGAGGCCGCUGUGGAGGACGUCAAUUCCAACCCAACUCUUCUUCCUGCAACCAAGAUCAACCUCACCCUCCUUGACACCGCCCCCACUGCCGCCUUUCUUCCCAUUCUUCAAGCUAUAAGGUUCAUGGAGACGAAUAUAGUGGCGAUAAUAGGUCCUCAGUCAUCAGUCAUAGCUCAUGUUAUUUCCCAUAUCGCGAAUGAGCUCCACGUCCCUCUGUUGUCUUUUGCUGCAGCUGAUCCUGCCCUUACUUCACUUCAGUUCCCUUUCUUUGUUAGGACUUCACCAAAUGAUCUUUUUCAGAUGGCUGCAAUAGCAUCCAUCGUGGAAUACUAUGAAUGGAAAAAAGUGGUUGCCAUUUACACUGAUGAUGAUUAUGGAAGGAAUGGCAUUGCUGCAUUAGGGGAUCAAUUGGCUCUGAGAAGAUGCCAGAUUUCUUACAAAGCUGCUUUGAAGCCUAAAGCAACAAUUGAUGAUAUAAGGGAUGUGUUAAUUCAGGUGGCUUUAUCAGAGUCCCGAAUUUUCGUUGUCCACACUUACCCUGAAAAAAACAGCCUGAGUAUAUUUUCGGUGGCGAAGAGUUUAAGGAUGAUGGAGAGCGGGUAUGUGUGGAUCACUACACAUUGGCUCUCAACCAUAUUUGAUACCAUCAGCCCGCUUUCUCCGGAAACAAUGGAAGACAUUCAAGGAGUUGUUACACUACGCAUACACACCCCAGACUCGGGAUUAAAAAGGGACUUUAUCUCCAGGUGGAGCAAUAUGACUAGAAGUCUGGCAUUUAACUGGCAGUUGGGAUUGUGCACAUAUGGUUUAUAUGCCUAUGACACCGUUUGGUUGCUUGCCCGUGCGCUUAAUGCGUUCUUUGAGGGUGGUGGAAACAUUUCAUUUUCCAAAGAUCCAAGGCUGGAAGGUAGCAGAGAGCGUCUGCGUCUAGAUUCCAUGAGUGUCUUUGAUGGUGGGAAUCUAUUGAGGGAGAUGAUUUUUAAGGAGGAAAUGACCGGCGUGACAGGUCCAUUAAGGUUCACAUCAGAUAGGGACCUAAACAGACCAGCAUUUGAGGUCAUAAAUAUGGUAGGGAAUGGAUUUACAAGGGUUGGUUAUUGGUCAAAUUAUUCCAGACUAUCAGUUAAUCCUCCUGAAUCGCUUUACUCAAAACCAUCAAACAUCUCUUCUUCAAAUCAACGACUACACGGCAUGAUAUGGCCUGGUCAAAUGACCAGCAAGCCCCGAGGUUGGGUAUUCCCUAACAAUGGAAAGAAGUUAAAAAUAGGUGUCCCUAAAAGGGUUAGUUUUCAGGAAUUUGUAGGGCAGGUGACAGGUGGUGGUGAUGAUGAUGAUGAUGAUAUGUUCAGAGGCUACUGCAUUGAAGUUUUCACUAAUGCUGUUACCUUAUUACCAUAUUCUGUCCCUUACAAGUUUGUGUCCUUAGGGGAUGGCCUUAAAAACCCAAACCAUACAGAAAUUGUGCAUCUAAUCACUUCCGGGGUUUAUGAUGCAGCAGUAGGGGACAUUGCGAUCACAACCAAGCGAACGAAGAUGGCCGACUUUACUCAACCUUACAUUGAAUCAGGGCUAGUUGUGGUGGUACCUGUGAAAGAAUUGAGCUCAAGUGCUUGGGCUUUUCUUAGACCUUUCACUCCUCCUAUGUGGGCUAUUACUGGAAUCUUUUUCCUCAUUGUGGGGGCCGUCGUCUGGUUUUUGGAACACAGAAUGAAUGAGGAUUUUCGUGGACCUCCUAGAAAGCAAUUCAUCACCAUUCUCUGGUUUAGCUUUUCAACUCUCUUCUUUGCACACAAGGAAACUACAGUAAGCACCCUUGGCCGAGUCGUCCUAAUCGUAUGGCUUUUCGUGGUCUUGAUCAUAACCUCAAGCUACACUGCUAGUUUAACCUCAAUCCUCACUGUUCAACGUCUUUCUUCUGCGGUGAAAGGGAUCGAGAGCUUGUUGACUUCGAACGAUCCAAUCGGUUAUCAACUUGGUUCAUUUACACGGAAUUAUCUGGUUGAGGAGCUUGGUAUUCAUGCAUCUAGGCUUGUUCCUCUUAAUUUGCCUGAAGAUUAUGUGGAUGCUCUAAGGAAGGGUCCUACAAAUGGUGGUGUUAUGGCUGUGGUUGAUGAACGUGCCUACAUGGAAGUUUUUUUAUCAACACACUGUGAGUUCAGUAUUGUAGGCCAGGAGUUUCAGAAGAACGGUUGGGGCUUUGCUUUCCCAAGGGACUCUCCUCUGGCAGUGGACUUGUCAACCGCAAUACUAAAACUCUCAGAAAAUGGAGAGCUUCAGAGAAUCCAUGAAAAAUGGCUUACGAGAAGUGCUUGCACAUCACAGAACACAAAGUUUGAAGUUGACCGUCUUGAUCUAAGGAGCUUUGCAGGUCUCUUUUCCAUCUGUGGGGCUGUGAGCUUCUUAGCUCUAAUGCUGUACUUCAUACUUCUCACCUACCAGUUCAAGAGGUAUUCGUCUGAUCCUGAUCCGUCUAGCAGUGGUGGUGGAAGCUCCCGGACAGGGAGGCUCCACACUUUCCUUUCAUUUGUAGAUGAGAAGGAAGAUUAUGUGAAAAGCCGGUCAAUCAAGAGGAGACAAAUGGAGGAGGCUUCAGGUAGGAGUAUUGGUGGUCAUGUUGAUGCUUGUAUAAAUGGAUCUAAGAACAUAAAUUGACCAUUCACCAUGGUUGUCACGGUGGUAAGGCAAGUCGGGGAGCCAGUCGACUGCCAUAUUGCCUAGGCGGCAAUUGGGCGACUAGUUGCACAUUGUGUCAUAUAUAUAGUUUAUAUAUAUAUAUAUAUAUAUAUAUAUAUAGGACUUUUCAUGUCCAGCCGGUC